UCAGUUCUCAGUGACUCGGUUCAGAUGUUGGAUCGCUCUGCUCAUCUCUGCGGUUCUGUCUCUCUCCCUCUCUUUGUGUAGCCUAAUUAUAGACCACGCAUCCGACAUAUGAUGAUUAUAGGACACUUAUGAUUUCACAGUAAAACAGAUUACAUGAGUAUAGAAGAAUAUUUUGAAGAAGAUGAAGAACCACCUUUACUGCUCAGCUCCUGUCUGUCUGAUCCUGCUGGAGUUAUGGGGGACUUUAGCGGCGCAGUGUCGGUGGGAGGACGGGUGUGUGUGUCCGCUCUGUCCAGCCGGACAGGAGCCCACCACGGCUUGCGGGGAAGUUGAGGGUCCUGGUGAGACCGGAUUGUGCCGGACUUGCCCAGCAGGCACCUUCUCUGAUACCCCUGACACUGAGCCGUGCCGCCCACAUCUCUCCUGCAGGACACUGAACCGCUGGAUCUCGACCGCAUCGACCUCGCAUUCUGACGCCGUGUGUGGAGGAUGUCUUCCUGGGUUUCACCCUGCUGCUACGUGGAAGUCCUCCACCCUCCACGCCUGUGUCAGGAGUAAGCGUUUAGCAUUUUAUACAUCAGUGUUGAGUGAACGUUACACAGCAAACCUGGAAAUUGAGGGCCGCACCUAUCUCAAAAAGUGUACAGACUUAAAAACGGUUAUGCUUUUGUCCUCAGGAAACCCUUGUCCCUACAUUGUUGAUGACCCCAAUGAAGACACCAUCAGCAUUCUGGUGCGGCUCAUCACAGAGAAGAAAGAAAAUGCGGCUGCUCUGGAAGAACUUCUGCUGGAAUAUGAGAAUAAACAGAUGGCCCUCAACAAGAGCUCAUCCAUCAAGUUUCCGGCUCUUCCUCAUUUCUCUCCGUUCCGGUCGUUGCCGCGGCUGUGUUCUCAUCAGCAUCAUUUGCACACUAUAAACGGGCUGGCCCCGCGCUCCGGCCUCUGCUGCUCCCGCUGCAGUCAGAAGAAGUGGCCUGAACUGCUGCUGCCCAUCGAUACGCACAAGAGCCCCACUAACCUGGUCAAGACGCCGGAGGUCACCAUCCUGUCUGUAGGGAGGUUUCAAGUCGCUCAGAUCCCAGAAGUCAAGUCAGCUUCCAAGGAAGUGACCCAGCCGGAUCCGAGCGAUACGGACUCCAUGGACAGCAGCCACACCGAGCCUGCGGAAGAGCGUUCCCUGCUGGGCAUGUCCUCUUCCUGUAACUCCGCCUCCUCAAAGUCCAGACAAGAGGUGAGUUUGUAAACAAGCGGAACAGGAAUAUUCCUCCAAGCACUCGAUGAACAUCUGAAAGGCUGAGGAGGAGGGCGUCCAGGACGGGACGGAUGACAUCAUCAGGAGGCCAGCGAGCGAGCGAUCGGGGCAGACGUGUGAUGGUGACGUCAGUAUUCACCACCUUGAGGAGCCUUGAAUUCAAGACCUUAGGAAACAUUCGUAUUUAUUGCAUAAGUCCUAGAACUAUUUUAUU